AUGCAAAUAGAAGCAGAGAGCAACAUAAACAUCUAAGAGAUUUACUAAUCCAUGUUGAUCCAAUAAUUUAAUAUUGCUAUAUUGAGAUAGUGGGAGAAGGAAUGGUUAUUAGAGAAUUACUUAUUUCCACAAAUAAAGAAUAAUGAAUAGUAUCUUUAGAAUAAUAAGUAGAUUAUCAUAAGAGCUUGUAUUUACUACAAUAGCGAUUUUAAAUUUAAAAUAGCUUGAGCAAAUCAACAUAUAAGACAGUCUUUAAGAUUAAGAGAUCCUUUUGAAGAUAUUUAACUACAUAACAAAAGGAUUACCAGAUUUUAAAUCUUUAUAAUUAGAAGAAAAAUAAUAAGUUUAUACAUUUUUAAUGCAAUUAUUUUGUAUGCCUGAGACACAAUUUGUACAAAAAGAAUGUUAUAAAUAUUUAUCUUAAGCAUUAUUAUUAAGUUCAAACAAAAUAGUAUAAAUAAAUUAUAUUAAUAUAGUUUUUGAAAUGGCAUUUUUUGAGAUACCCAAAAAUGGUACAAUCAUAUAUGAGUGCUUUAAAAGUAUAAGGAGGUGGUUAAAAACCAGAAUCUUUAUUUAUACCUAAUUUAGUGUAGGAUAUGAUCUAAAUAAUAUUUUCAUAUCCAAUUAGCGAGGCAAAUUUUAAAGAAAAUGAAGAGUUAAUACAAAUAGAAUCUCAAAAUUAAUUUAGAACUUUUUUAGAAAGAAAUUCAGCUCCACUUCCUACUCCUAAACAUAUUAUCAAAGCAUAAAAUGAAAAAUUAUUGUACAGAAAAGUUACAUAAACUUAAAUGAGAUACCUUAAAUGUAUUGAAAAAUUUGUAGAUUUUAUGAUUUUAUUAUUAAGUUCAAUUCCAACAAGAAAGUUUUUAAAGAUCUAUUUACUCUCAACAAAUAUAUUACCUUAUUUGAAAUGUACAUUACCUUAAUAUCAUUCAUGUGUAUUAUAGACUUUAGUUUAAUCAUUUGAACAUUAUUUAACAUAUCCAAUAAAUGAUUAGAAUGGAGAAGUACUCUCUCUCAAAGAUUAAUAAGUUAUGUAGAAAGAUUUCUUAAAGAAAUUAUAGACAGUACUUUAUAAAUAGUUUAAAUUCAUGGUAUAACAAAAAGAAUUAGAAGAAUAUUAAUUCAUCAAAAAUUUAAGAAGAUCAGAAAUUGAAAAACUAUUUUAAAUGAUGGUAUUGGUAUUCCCAGUUGAUUUAUAACCUAAAUUAUAUGAACCUGGGAAGAACUUUGAUUUUCUUAUCUAAGAAGUAAUGAAAGCAGCCUCACCUCCACCAUUUCUAAAUCAUUAUCUAAAAGAUACUCCUAUUAUACCUAAUGAAUAAAUGAUAUGGGAUUAUAAACACAUCCCUGAAGAAUCUAAAAGUGGUGUAUUAAAAUAAGUAUUGGCUUUGCCAAAAUUGAACUUAUAAUUUCUAUGUUUUGAAGACUAUUUAGAAAGAAAUUAUAAAUUAUUUAAACUUGAAAGUGCAUUUGAUUUAAGAAAAGAUUUUGAAGAUACAAUAAUUAGAAUGGAUCCUAAGUUUGAUUAAAAUGGUGCAUUUAUUUAUUUUAGUGGAUGGGCUAAGGCAGCAACAGAAGUUAUUAAAUUCAGAAUUCAUGAAGUAUAAACACCUGAAAUAGGGAAAAGAAUUCCAAGAAGAGUUUAUGGAGAAAUUCAAUAUUCAGUUGAAAGAAUGGCUUAGAAUGUAAGAAAGGAUUGGGAUAGUUUAAAGAAACAUUAAGUUGUAUUUUUAAUAAGCUUUAGAAAAGAAAUAGAUAUGUAGGAAUUUUAGAGUGAACUAAGUGAAAGGUAAAAUUUAAUAGAUUAGAUUGAAGAGAAUGAGGGAUGCAAACUCUUUUGUGAAAAAUAUGGUAUUAGAGCUAUUAGAGGAGCUGAAAUAGAAUUAGUAUACGAUGAAAGAAGGAGAGAAAUUUUAGAUUGGGAAGAACCAGAUCCAUCUAAAAAAUUCUAAGGAAAUUUAAGAAUUCUUCAUGUAUUUUUAGAUUAAGCAUAAUAUCAAGAUGAUAUAGAUUGUAUUAUAUUAAAUUAAUUAUUUUAGCUGGUAUAAAUGCAGAAGGUGAAAUCUAUGGUAAUUUCAAACUUUUGGUUAAAAGAAAUCCAAAAGAAAAUAACUUUAAAGCCAUUCUUGGAUCAAUUUAAUAAGUUAUAUUAUAGAAACCUUAAUUGCCCAAAUUUUUAGAUGAAAUACUUUUGGGAUAUGGUGUUGAAGACAUUUCUUCAUCAUAAUAUUAUAUGAAAAAUCAUACAGCUAGUGUAAAUUUCAGUCUUAUAGAUACUGUACUUGAUUAAUAACAUUAUGAUGAUGUUAUAUAAUAAAAUUCUUUCAUACCAGAAGAUUUGAAAUCUAAAAUUACUUUUGGUAAUUUAAAAAAUAGAAAAAGAGUUAAUAACAUUAGAUACACUAAACCAUAAAUAAAUGCAAUAGUUUCAGCUAUGUAUCCUGGAUUAACAUUAGUUGUUGGUCCUCCAGGAACAGGUAAAACAGAUGUAACUGUUUAAAUUGUAAAUCUACUUUAUCAAAACUUCCCAAAUGAAAAAACACUUCUGAUUACUCAUUCUAAUCAUGCUUUAAAUGACAUAUUUUAAAAGAUAUCAAAAAUGGAUGUAGAUGAGAAACAUAUGUUAAGAUUAGGUAUAGGAGUCAAAGAUUUAAAAUUAAGUAAGACUUUUUCAAGAGAAGGUAGAAUUAAUCAUAUGUUAACCAGAAGAUUAUAAUUAUUGGAAAUUGUUAGUUAAAUUUAAAAAAGUGUGUAAAUUAUGUUUUCAGAAGAAUAUUCAUGUGAGGUAUCAGAGAUUUUCUUUAAAUUACACAUUCAAAGAUUAUGGAAUAAUUAUAAAGAAAAGAUUUAAUCAGAUCCUAUGUUUGUUUUUCCAUUUAAUACAUUUGUUGAAUAAAAUCCAUAGCUAUUUGAAAAGGCUUAAACAAAAGAAGAAUAAUAUAAAGUAAUUGAAGACAUAUUUGAAUAAGUUAGAGAAUGUAGACCAUUUGAGUUAUUGAGAAAUAAAAAGGAGAGAGGAAAUUAUAUUAUUUGUCAUUAAGCUAAAAUUGUAGCCAUGACUUGUACUCAUGCUGCUCUUAAGAGAAAUAGUUUUUGUGAAUAAGAUUUUUAAUAUGACAACAUAGUUUUUGAAGAAGCUGGAUAAAUAUUAGAAAUUGAAGCUUUUCUACCUUUAACUAUGUCUUUAACAGGAAAACUAAAGAGAUUAAUAAUGAUUGGAGAUCAUAAUCAAUUACCUCCUGUUAUUAAAAAUGUUAGUUUCUAAAAAUUAGCUAAUAUGGAAUAAUCUUUUUUUAUAAGAAUGAUUAGAUUAGGAGUAUUUUAUCAUCAACUUACUGAUCAAGGUAGAACUAGACCAGAGAUUAUGAAAUUAUAUUCUUGGAAGUAUAAAGAAUUAAAUUCAUUAUAAUGUUGUCAUCCAUCUUCAAAUAAUUAAUUUGGAUAUGCUAAUGCAGGAUUAUGCAAAACAUUUUAAUUUAUAGAUGUUGAUUACAAAGGAGUUUAUGAAAAUAAGCCUAUGCCAUACUUCUAUUAGAAUAUUGUCGAAGCUGAAUUCAUUGUUGCUACGUAAUUAUUUUGAAUAUUCUUAAUAGUUAUAUGUAUUUGGUCUUAAGAGGUUAUGAUCCAAAAUAAAUAACAAUUCUAACAACAUAUAAUGGUCAAAAGAUGCUUAUUAAGGAUAUUAUAACUAGAAAGUGUUCCUGGCAUUCACUCUUUAGAACACCAGAGAAAAUUACCACUGUCGAUAAGUUCUAAGGAUAAUAAAAUGACAUCAUUUUAAUUUCAAUGGUUAGAACAUCUUAGCCAGGUUAUUUAAGAGAUAUUAGAAGAAUCAUUGUAAUAUAUAUUUAUUAUUCUAAUAGGUUGCUUUUUCAAGAGCAAAAUUAGGUCUUUAUAUUUUUGGCAAUUUAUCUAUAUUUAAUAAAGUACCUGAAUUAUAAAAAACAUUCUCUUAAUUUGUGUCAGAACCAUUACAUCUAUUACCAACUGAAAUGUAUAAAACUAAAAGGGCUCAUGAUGAUUUCUAGUUAGAAUAAUCUCAAAGUGUUAAUCAUCCAGACUAAAUGUAUGAAAUAAUAAAGACAUAAUUAAUUGAAAGCCAAAGAUAAAAUUCUAAUAACGUAAACCUAUCAGAAGUACAUUAAGAAUAAGAAUCUUAGAGCUAAUGAA